AAAAUAACCAGGAAACAAAUUUAAAAUGAUUCAGAUUUGUUUCCAGAAAAGAGGGCGUCAACAAUUGUAUUCGUCGCGCAGCAUUCUCAUAAAUAUAAACACCAAACGCCUUGUUUAAGCCUCAGCCAGCUGCCCCCCUAAAACCGUGUUAUUGUUCCGGGAAUUUUUAUUGAUAAAGUUUGAGUUUGAACGCUUACUGCAAUAAUGAUGGCGGCUGAUAGAAAUUUGCUCGGAGUUCCUCCUUCCCUGUCUGCCGAAGUGGUUGGGUCGUUUGCUUAUUUGACAGUGAGAGACAGAUUGCCAACUAUCUUGACCAAAGUCAUAGACACAAUCCAUCGCAACAAAAACAAGUUUUUUGAAGAAUAUGGAGAGGAGGGUAUCCAGGCAGAGAAGCAAACAAUAUCUCUGCUGUCCAAGAUGAGGAAUGAGUUGCAGACAGAUAAACCAGUGCUAGCCCUGACAGAUUGUCUGCAAGACACAGAGUCUUGGAACCAGUACCUGCAGAGACACCAGGUCGAGGGGGAUGAAGAGUCUGUCAGCUGGUUUAAGUCUCCAUGGCUUUAUGUGGAGUGCUAUAUGUACCGCAGGAUACAGGAGGCCCUCUGGCUUAAUCCUCCCAUCAGUGACUAUGAUGUCUUCAAUGAAGGGAAGACACAGAGUUUUUUUGAGUCACAACAGGCUGUGAUGGCCUUAUGUACAUACUUGGAGGAAGUCAAAAAGAACAUGGAGGAAAUCUCAAAGAAUCAGUUGUUUGAGCAAUUUAACAAACUGCUACAGGUUUCUCUAUGGGGGAACAAGUGUGAUCUUUCCAUCUCUGCUGGCCAAGACAACUCCCAGAAGACCAGUCCAAUAGACUCCCUCGACAGCCUACAACCAUUAAUCUUAGUGGAUGACUCCAACAUGGUUUGGUCCACCCUUACAUCCAUGCAGAGGCCAGGACAGCCGGAGAAAAUCACUGCAGGCAGAGUGGACAUUGUUCUAGACAACGCUGGCUUUGAGUUGGUCACUGACUUGAUUUUAGCAGAUUUCCUGGUUUCCUCCGGGCUUGUCCGUGAAGUCCAUUUUCACGGCAAAUCUUUCCCGUGGUUUGUCUCUGAUGUCACAGCUUACGAUUUUCAAUGGACUAUCCGACAGACCAUGGCAGCCAAUCACAGGUGGAUGUCUAAGAGCGGUGUCCAGUGGCAGAGGUAUGUAAAGGAGGGCGUGUGGUCCUACCAUGACCACCCUUUCUGGACACUGCCCCAUGAGUUCUGUGACAUGGCAACUGAUGCUCCUGACCUGUAUGCGACCCUGAAAGCAGCAGACCUCGUGUUGUUCAAGGGUGAUCUCAAUUACAGAAAGCUGACUGGGGACAGAGACUGGGAUCACACUGUCAGUUUUGAUACUGCCCUACGAGGUUUUGGGCCUGCUCCACUGUGUAGCCUGAGGACUCUUAAGGCCAAUGUUCAGGUCGGUCUGCAGCCAGGCCAAGGGGAGAAGCUCACCUCCCAAAAUCCAGAUUGGAUGACUAGCGGCAAGUAUGCAGUCAUUCAGUUCGGCAGCCCAAAGGAUCAGAUCUAACGAUUGGCUCACUGGAAAAGCUUGGAUCAUGGGACAUUACAGUAAGAAGUACUAGAGCUGCUGCAGUAACCCCAAAAAUGAAUUACCACAAUAUUAACAAGACAACAGAGGAGCAUGGAGGUCACCACCACAACCUCACCCCACCUCAUGUUCAGCAGGAAACAAUGGCAACUGCACUUAGUUUCUGUAAUUAAAAGGCUAAAGAAGAGGUGAUUCUGGUGAUAACUGUUCCUGCAGUGUCGAUGCUUUGUUUCAGCACCAGGUGCUGUCCAGUGUGUGCUGCGCUGCACAGUGGAAAUGUUUGUUUCUGUCACUGAUUGUCAUCUCAUUGUUGUUAAGAAGACAAGAAAUAAACAAAAGUCUCAAUCAAAAUAAUAUUGCUGCAAAUCCUUUUUGCGGGCCACCAGUUGCCGAUCCCUGAUUCACAAAUUUGCUUCAUAAAUAAAAAAGGGGUGGUGCGAUAAUACUGCAUAUCGUGCAAUCGAACCAUCCUGAAUCAUCGCAGGGGGGAUUUCUUCAGCACGACAGACCUAAGAAGUACCAAAGCCGGAGCUCUACUUAAGCCAUAAGAACUAAAAAUUAUAAUCUCUACAUAUUUGAUGAGGUUGUUUUUUUAUUAUUAGUCAGCCCUUAAUAAUUGUAUACAGAAUUGCACAGUAACAUAAAUAUUUGAGAAUUAUUUUCACUACUGAUUUCUAUCAUGUCAUAUUCAAAAUGUUGACACUAUUAGAUGUCACAUUUCCCAAUAUUUUCAACAAAGCCUUUGUUUACAGUAAGAAUUUAUCCAGAGGUAACAAGUCAAGGUUGCUUUUUUUGAGUCAACAACUUAUGUGUUGUGCACAAUGUAUUAUGUUACAAUAGUGUUUACAGUACAAUGCAUAUGCUGUUGUGAAUUAUUAAGUACAAAAUUGUCUUACAACAUUUAAGUUUAGACCCACAUUACUUGUGUUUUUGCAUGUAAUAGAUGAGAGUGACGAAUGAUUCAAUAUUUUAAUACUGCUCAGCUCAGGUUGUUUGCUCUUCUGUCUGCCAUUGAUAUGCAUGUAUCAAAACAUGCAGGGAAAAAAAAUCCACUUUAAGCAGAUGAUGACAUCAUUUGAAAACUGUUGUGCUCAGUUUGAAAGAUAGUUGAGUGUUAUUGUGGAAGUGUAACAACAACAGUGACGGGGUGUGCUUUUUUUGUUUAAAAUAGCAACCCAGACCUUUGAAUCUUUAUAGAUAAAAAAGUGAAUGUCUCAGAUGUUAUCUCUUUGCUCACUGUCGGUGUCAGUAUCUCAGAGAGGAGGAACUGGAUUGUUGUCUGUACUGCAGAGGGAAACUAUAUUGUUUAUAUGAAGAAGUUUCAAUCAAUAAAGAAGUGCACUGAC